AUGUCCCUUCCAGAGAUGCUGGGCGGGGGUGCCGAGUGCGGCCCGGUGAAUCCGCUGCAGCAGCUCGGCAAGCGGUUCGGCCAGGACCGCGGGUCACAGUUUGAUACACAUCGUAGUGGUUCGGUGGCCGAUGGACGGCCGGGGGGGUUCCGCACCCGCCCGGCCGCCGCGCAGGACCCCGCGUUCUUCGGGCAGGAGCGCCCGGAGGUGGCGCCGUUCCAUGUGGACCAGAUGCGCAACGCGCUGCCGCCCGUGAGCCAGGUGGGCUCGUGGCGCGACAUGGAGGCGUCGUUCCAGCGCGCGCAGCCCUCGUCGUCGCAUGCGGCGGCGGCGACGCCGGCGUGGGCACGCGACUUUAUGGCCUACCGCCCCGCGGCGGCGCCGGUGGCGGCGGCGCCCCAGCAAGAGGGACCAGUCGGCUUUGUGCCGCGGUACGGGAUGCAGCCCAUGUUCCGCCCUCACUUUCAAGGCGGCAUGCACGCCGGCCCUGCCUACCAGCAGCGCGCCGCCGAGGUGCAGCGGGGGCCGCUCGAGACGAUGAACAGCUCGUCGUGGGACUCUGCGUUUACCGCGGUCGAUGCGCAGCACCGCGCCCAGAGUUCUGCGCCGGCGACGAUGCCGAGCGACGAGCAGCUCGGCGCGAUGGACGCGGACGAGCUCGCUGAGACCGCCGCGCGCCUCCUGUCGAGUGUCGAGCACGACAGCAGCGACAAAUUCCAGCAGAGCGAGUUUCUGCAGCUGAUGCGCAAGCUGCGCGACCGCCAGGCAGAGGUCCAAGGCACGUCGAUCGUCGACAGCCACGGCCAGGUCGACAAAGGCAAGGGCAAGGCGUCCAGCGGACCGCCGACGCAGGCCGAACUCGACGCGAUGAUGCGCGAGGGCGCCGAGGCGAUGCAGCAGCGCAACGCGCAGUACACGCAUACCCAGCGCGAUCCGCUCCUCCAGGCGCGUGCAGACCAAGGCAUGAGCCUCCAAGAGUUUUGGGAGCAGGAAGACGCUGCGCGCGAAGGCCGCGAGCGUGCCGAGGACAUGCGCAAGAAUGCCUUUAUCGGCGACGGCGGCGACGUGGCUGCGCGUAUGCGCGAAGAUGCCAUGCAGCAAGCGCGCGAAGGCGACCCUGUCGCGGCCGAGUAUAGCAAGUGGACGUCGAUGGGCGGCAACGUGCCGGGCGCGCGCCAGGGGCACUGGGAAGAAGACGUCAUGACCGAGCAGCCCCAGCACGAGGACGAGGACUUUGUCGGUCGCGCGUGGCAAGGCACGCAAGGCCGCGGCCGCGUAAGCGCGCAAGAGGCCGAGUGGGCCAAGCUGCAGAGCGACUGGGACGAGUUUGAGGCGUCCGAGACUGGGAUCUAUGGACGCGACAAGACGCGCGAGCCGUUCCCGUUCACCGCGCCGGACUACCGCUUCCACGAGAACAAUCCAUAUGGGGCGGACCGCACGUACCAGCAUUCGAUGCACUCGCGUGUGCCGACGUCGGAGGACAGCGUGCUCGAGCACGAGGCGGCGGUGCAGUCCGAUCCGUCCAAGGCCGAUGCGUGGUACGGCCUCGGUCUGCGCCAGCAGGAGAACGAGCGGGAGAAGCAGGCGAUCGCGGCGCUGCGCAAGGCGGUCGAGAUCAACCCGCGCAUGAAGGAGGCGUGGCUCGCACUGUCCGUCAGCUAUACCAACGAAAACGACCGCGACGCGGCGCUCGAGUCGAUCGAGCGCUGGAUCCAGGUGAACGAUACCUACCAGGACGUGGUGCGCUCGCACGCGGGACGCAACGCCGACCGCCACAAACGCCUCGCGAGCACCCUAAUGGCGAUGGCGCGCUCGGGCGUCGCUGGCGGCGACUCGAUCGACGCGGACGUCCAGGUUGCGCUCGGCGUCCUGUUCAACUCGUGUAGCGAGUAUGACAAGGCCGUGGACUGCUUCAGUGCGGCACUCGAGGCGCGCCCGGACGACUGGCUCUUGUACAACCGUAUCGGCGCGACGCUCAGCAACUCGGGCCGCGCGAGCGAGUCGCUCGAGUACUACCACCAGGCGCUGAGCCUGCGCCCCGGCUUUGCGCGUUGCCACUUUAAUCUGAGCAUCUCGUGCCUGAACUUGAAGAUGUACCAAGAGGCAGCAGAGCACUCGUACACGGCCCUGACGCUGCAGCAUGCGUCGGAGGAUGAUCUGCCGCACGAACUGCGCGGCGUUCAAAACAACUCGCUCUGGGAAAUUCUGCGUGUCUCGCUCGAACUGAUGCAGCGCCCGGACCUUGCGCGCAAGUGCGAGGAACGCGACGUGAAUGCCCUGCAGCUGGAGGAGAUUAUCGGUCUGUAG